AUGUUAUUAAUUGGAAGUGUGUAUCCAGAGUCUAACGAACCCAGGGAUCCUAUAGAUAGACUCUCCAGAUUAUUUGGAAUAUCUAAAAUACCGGCGAAAGUCAUCCACCGGUCUCCGCCCCAGUAUAUGGUGGAAUUAUUUAAAGAUGUAACAGACGCUGGUGGUUUAACCAAACAACAGAAUCCUUACAAUGCCAAUAUCGUAAGAAGUUUUCCAGAUAAAGAUUCAAUACACCGAAUGCAUUUCCAUUAUAAUGUAUCGCAUCUUAGUGAACAAGAGAAGAUUCUUCAUGCUGAAUUUCGAGUUUUCAAAAUGAGACCUAAGCCAGCGUCAUCAAGAGAAGCUAGUCCACCUCAUGUUAUACAGAUGAGUAUAUAUCAAGUAUUAGAUAUUAAAAAGAUCCACCAGCAAGAAGGUCUGAGAUUAUUAGAUAAAGUAACUACAUCAGCUUAUGGACAUGGUUGGCAAGUUUUUCAAGUUAUUAAAGCAGUUAAUGAUUGGAGAAAUAAAACAGCACCAAAUUUUGGUUUUUUGAUAACGACAACUUCUCGUAAAGGAGAUCAUGUUAAUGGUAGCUAUAUUAGAUUUGCUCAGAGAAAUGAGCACCAUGAUAGUAAACAGCCAAUAUUAGUGGUUUAUACUGAUGAUGGUACGGUGAGACAUCCUAGCUAUAUUUCAGCAGAGGAUGAUGGUGGUCGUUCUGCGGGUCCAAUGGGACGUCGUAGGAGAAGGCGAAGCGUUAGAUCUAAACGAAAGAGUGGGAGAAAAAAGCGAACAUAUGAUGUAUAUAGUCGACCUAUGAGGAAACGAUCUUGUACUAAACAAGAUAUGUAUGUAGACUUCGACGAGAUCGGAUGGUCGGGUUGGAUUAUCUCUCCUAAAGGUUAUAACGCCAAUCAUUGUACGGGCACCUGUCCGUUUCCUUUAGGACAAAGUCAAAAACCAACGAAUCAUGCUACGGUACAAAGUAUUGUGUAUGCGUUAGGUGUUGGUAAAUCGGUAGAAACACCCUGUUGUGUACCAAAUAAACUGUAUUCAAUCAGUCUCUUAUACUUUGACGAUGAUGAAAAUGUUAUAUUAAAACAAUAUGAUGAUAUGGUAGCAGCUACGUGUGGCUGCCAUUGA